AUUUUUUCGAGUGUACAAAAAUAGAAUGUACUAAAAACACAUCCACAUACACGACAAAUAUCUACUGCGAUCGGAAAAUAGAAAAACAAAAUCUUUCAGAUACAAAAUUUCUUUCGUGUUGUCAGUUCAAAAGCUCAAAUAAAGAACAACGGAUGGUCGUGAUACCGGAAAAAACAAGCAAAUUCAAAAAGUGAAAUUUAAAAGCGAAAUAAAAAAAAUUAAAACCAGAAAAAAUAAAAGUAUUUUUAUUGCAAAAAUAAAUCACACUUUAUGUGUUUUAAAAUCAAGCGAUUUAACUGAUAAAGUGCAUUAAAGCAAAACAGACCGAAAACAAAACUAAUAAAUUUGAAUUGAUUGUAAAUGAAUAAAACAAAACAAAAAAUCGUCUACCUCUACAUCAAACCGUCAGAACAUAAACUCUUCGAGUGCUAAUAACCGAUCAGGUGUGUGAGUUUGAUAUUUUGAUCUACUAAUGUAUCAAAAUCCUGGCAAUAAUAACGUUUUAGCUGGUGGAGGAGGAGCCGGUAGUGGUGUGACAGCCAAUAAUCCAAACGCUCAAAUUAUGGAUCCAAUUCAACAGCAGCAGCAACAACAACAACAACAAAAUAUUAAUUAUAAUGGAAUGCAACCACAACAACAGCAGCAGCAACAACCAUCAAAUAACAACAAAAAUGUGCGCAAAAAACCCUACGUAAAAAUAACGGAACAGCCGGCCGGCAAAGCUUUAAGAUUCCGUUACGAGUGUGAAGGGCGUUCAGCUGGUUCAAUACCGGGCGUUAAUUCGACUCCAGAAAAUAAAACAUAUCCCACCAUCGAGAUUGUAGGCUAUAAAGGACGAGCCGUAGUUGUUGUGUCAUGUGUCACCAAAGAUCAACCCUAUAGACCUCAUCCUCAUAAUCUAGUCGGUAAAGAGGGUUGCAAGAAGGGUGUGUGUACGCUUGAAAUCAACUCUGAAACAAUGAGGGCUGUGUUUAGCAAUCUGGGAAUACAGUGCGUUAAGAAGAAGGACAUAGAGGCAGCACUUAAAGCUCGUGAAGAAAUUCGCGUAGAUCCAUUCAAAACUGGAUUUGCGCAUCGGUUUCAACCCUCUAGUAUUGAUUUAAACUCAGUUAGGUUGUGUUUCCAAGUGUUCAUGGAGAGUGAUCAGAAAGGUCGUUUCACUCAGCCUUUGCCGCCAGUAGUCUCCGAACCAAUAUACGACAAAAAAGCCAUGUCCGAUCUGGUCAUCUGUCGACUGUGCAGUUGUUCGGCCUCUGUUCUGGGCAAUACCCAGAUCAUUUUGUUGUGCGAAAAAGUAGCCAAAGAAGAUAUUUCCGUGCGUUUUUAUGAAGAAAAUAAUGGCCAAACGAUAUGGGAGGCAUUUGGAGAUUUUCAACAUACCGAUGUACACAAACAGACUGCCAUAGCAUUUAAAACGCCGCGAUAUCGUAAAAUUGACAUAGCAGAGCCCGCGAAGGUGUUUAUACAAUUGAAGCGGCCAUCGGAUGGUGUUACGAGUGAACCACUUCCAUUUGAAUAUGUACCCUUGGAUUCAGGUAGGAAGCGAUUUUUGGACCUUCGUCGGAACCUCAAGAGGAAACCCGACUUAGAUAUUUUCCAUGAAAUUCUUGCUAGCGAUGAAAAAAUGGAGGUGAUUGAUUUGAAUACUCCAACUUUUGAGGAGUUACCAGCACCUGAAACUCAGCCCGAAACUCAAGGCGAUACUGUACUGACCCCGACAAACGACCCAACGAACAUAGACGACGAAGAAACAGCCAAACGACGUAGCCAACAGGAAAUUGAUACAAUUAUUGAUGAGAAAAUGCGUGAGCUUGAGCAACAGCAGCAAUUACAAACUACUCAAGAUCAAUGUGAUUCCUUGCAAGAAGUCGUUGAGCUAUUAAAUGCUGGUCAACAGCCAGAAUCUGAACAGGCCAAUCAACAAUCCCUAAUGGAUACAAAUGAAAAAAUCACUGAAUGGAUGAAUUCAAAUGAAUUGCAAGAGUUGGAAAAUCCAACUACCAAUGAAUCAAUUGAAACCAAUACCACCUCCUCAACUGCAACCGCAAUUACCCAGGUGGCCGCCAAUGACGCGGAGGACAAGACAUUAAGUGACCUGCUGGAACAGGUUGCCGAAUUGGAUGAUAUAUAUUCAGAUCAUGUCAUACGUCGCGAUACUUACAACAGUACGCUAAUCAAUGAAUUGAAUGGCAUUGAUUCGUGUGUCCCCGAUACAGAUGGCACCUUGGUAGAUGGGGGACAAACAGCAAUGGAGGUGGAGGAAAGUUUCGAUGACGCUGCAACUUAUAGUAGUUUACAAAUUGCUUUUAAGAAUCCCAUUUCCAUACCAAUGGAUGACAUCAUGCCACCUACACCACCAGCAUCUAAUUUACCAGAUGAUUUUGAAAAUGAUCAUUACGAUCCCAUUGAAGUUAGAUCUAGUCCAGCAUCAGCCACAUCUUCUCCACCAACACCAGUAGUCAUUAAUCAAAAACCCGAUAUUUUAGCUCAAUCUCAACCACAAUUGCAAACUCCACCUAGACCAGCACCACCAAAAAUCCACUCACCUCACAUGCAUGUUACGGCCGCCGAAGAGGAAAAACUACCACCCCUACCGCCCAAACGGCUGCGCAAGCAAGACAGCAAUGCUGAAAAUCGCUCAAUUGAAGCGAAUAUUGGCGGCACUUUAGAUCGUAAAUCACGCCAACAAACACCCAUUAUCAUUAUGAAAACUCCAGAUCAAUCACCACCUACUAAACGUCUGCCACAAAAACCCGGUGCUGGUAAUUGCAGUACCUUGCCGAAGCAAAAGAAACCAGGCUUCUUUUCCAAACUGUUUUCGCGACGCAAAAGCAAAUCCGAUCUCAGCCAGGCUGGUGACCUAGCAGCUGGUUCAAAGGCAGGAUCCAAAACAGCUACUCCAACUGUGAGCCGUGAACCCAGCAUUGGUCAUUUCAAUUUGAACGAUUCUAAUCGUGCAUCCAUGCGCUCCAUCAAAUCGUUACAACCCACAUCGUUGCCAAACUCCCCUGAGAAAAAAGUCCAGAAGGUGGGCAAACCGGUGGGACGUAGUGUUAGCAGUGUCUCGGGCAAGCGACCAGCUCACUUAAAUGCCAAUGUCAUACACAUUCCCCUUAAGGGUGACAGCGUCAAUAGUUUGCCUCACCAUGAGGAAUACUCCCAUGCCAGUACUCUAACACUCAGCAACACAUUAGAUCGCAAGACAGUGUCUGCCCUCCAACUGGCUGACAUACCGAUUUGUGAUGGCAACAUGGAGUUGGUGGCCAUAACAGAUCGGCAAAGUUUACGCAAUUUAUGCGAGGGCGAAUUCAAUGUUCAACUUGAUCCCAAUGUCGAUUUAACCGAGGCCGAACAUUUCGCCUUGUACACUAGCAUACCACCUCAAGCUACGGUCAGCGAAUUUGACGAGACCUCGGCAUACUAUGCCCCCGUUGAUGCUGGCGAGAUUUUAACGCCCGAAGAGGUGGCAGAACGUUUAGUAGCUGCGAAUCGCCUAAAUUAAUUUGUACGAAUUUUUAUGGCUGAGAAUUCACAUCAUCAGUAUGUAAUCUCACCGUACUAGUGUUUGUUGUAAUUGUUGUCAUUGGACAAUAUACAUAUAUAUAUUUUAUUGUAUACAGAGAAAGAGAUUUAUCGGUCCAUAUUAUCUACAUGUAUGUAAAUGGAUUUGAUGUUGGUGGUGGUGGAACUCCUUAUCUCCUCCAUAAUGUUUUGAUGUCGUCUCUUUCUCUAUCUCUCUCUCUCUCGAAAUACGUUCAUACAGAAAUCAAAUUAUAUAUCUAUUUAUGUAUAUAAUGAGGAGUGUAUGAAUAUGCCUGAGUGAGUGGGUGGAUAUGUGGUUGGGUGAUUGGUUUGUAAACGAUAAUGAAUUAUUGAGAAAUUCUUAAAUUUACGCAAAACAGCAAUAUGUAACUUUUCAUAUUCAUAUUAUUUUAAGACUUGUAUGAGAAAUUGUAAUCAAUGUCACCUACUACUCUCCGACACCUUGUUUUAAUUGGAUACACUAUUUAUUGUGUGUAAAAAUUGUUGUGUUGUAAUAAAUAUUACAACUACAUACCAAGUGCCGAUAUUGAAUUUGUUGAUAUCUGAUCCAAUGUGAUCAGAUAUUAAUACUUUUUAAUACAUCGGCCUCUUAUCCUUUUGCUUAAAGUGCUCAAACGUCUUUAUGAAAAUGAGCCCAUCGAAUUCAAAUUGUAACCGAAUAAUAAAAACUACUCGUAUUUGUUAAUAGUUUUUAAAUUAAAAAUUUUAUACAAACCUUUUGAAUAAUUGUUUUUUCUAUUGAAAAUUAAAUUGUGUAUUAAAUUAAGAAAAAAACAUAAUAACUUAAACUAAACUAAUUAUGUAUUAAUUGUUUGUAUACAUAUAAUUGAAUAUUGUACUUAAUAGUGAAUCUAUAGAAUAGUUCAUUGUAAAAGAAUUAUUGAAUAUUAAUUAGUAUUUAAGUCUAUUUAUUUGAAAUUUAUAAAGAUCAAGUGAAUAUGGUUACUUUGAGUACCUUUUCACGAUGUAUUGUAAUUUUAUUAUA